AUGGCAACGCAAUCAUUAGACGAAGAAACAACUAAGAAAGUGAUACGACAAGUGGAGUUUUAUUUCAGCGAUAGCAAUCUUCUCACCGAUGGUUUUAUGAGGAAGAGUAUCACUGAAAGCGAAGAUGGCAUGAUUAAUUUGGCUCUGAUUUGCUCAUUUAACCGGAUGCGUAAACACCUUAGUUUGGGUGAUGUAAAGCCGGAUGAAGUCGCCCAAGAUGUCGUGAAUGCUGUUGCUCAAACUUUGAGAACUUCGGCUUCACUCAAGGUCUCUGAAGAUGGGAAAAAAGUUGGUAGAACAACUGAACUUCCAAAGCCAGAAGAGGUUGAACAAGUGGAUAUAAGAACACUUGCUGUAUCACCAUUUGAAUAUGAUCUGAAACUUGAAGAUGUGGAGAAAUUCUUUGGUCAAUAUGCAAAGGUUAAUAGCGUCCGGCUGCCCCAUCAUGUUGGAGACAAGAAGUUCUUCUGUGGCACUGCCCUUGUUGAGUUCUCAUCAGAUGAAGAAGUAGAAAAAAUUAUGAAAGAAAAAUUGGUGUACGCCGGGGCUGAGUUAGAAUUAAAACCCAAGAAGGACUUUGAUGCAGAGAGGGAAAAAGAAUUAGAAGAUUUUAAGAAAUCUCGUCCGGCUGUGGGUUCAAAUCACCAGAAUAACUCAAAUGAAGAAGAAAGCUACCCUAAAGGCUUAAUAAUUGCCUUCAAACUAAAGAGCACUUCAAAUGAAAUUCCUUCAGACCAAAAUGGUGUUGAUCAACAAGCUAAUGACAAUAGUGCUGUCCCCAAAACAGGUGAAAAGCCCCAUUUUGAAAUUGCUCCUGGAGAAAAUGACCAAAAGGUAGAUGAAGACAACAAUGAGAGGAAAGAUGCAAAGGAAACUGGAAGUCAAGACGACAAUGAGAUGAAAGAAGCAAAGGAAGCUGAAAGCAAAGAAAACAGUAAAACAAAAGAAACUAAAAGGAAUGAAACAAAGGAAACUGAAGGUGGAGAAAAGAAACUACAAGCUGGUGAAAAAUUUUCCGCUGCCGCUUAUAAGGACAACAUGGAUGUUGUCUCACGUGAGGAUUUAAGGAGUGUCUUUGAGAAAUUUGGUACAGUGAAGUACAUCGAUUUCAAGAUCGGAGAAGUGUCAGGAUAUAUCCGAUUUGAAGAAACUGAAGCUGCUCAGAAAGCUCGUGCUGCUGCGGUUAUUUCAGAAAAGGGCGGGUUGGUUGUAAAGAAUUUCAUUGCUAUUUUAGAUCCAGUGACUGGUGAGGCAGAAAGAGAAUACUGGAGCCGGCUUCGUGGUAAUCAAGGCAAACACCGAGAGUUUAAGAAUAAGCAGGGAAGGGGAGGAUGGCAUGGUAGAGGGGGAAAACAUGCACGCUCUAGAGAGACUGGUUCUAGAGUUGAUGGCCCAAAUAAGGCUCAGAAAGUUGAAGUGCAUUUGCAGAUCUUACUUCGCAUCUGCUCGCGCUUGGAUCUGCAAAUGCACUCUAUUUCGAUUGCUUCCUCCCUUUUCUCUUUUAUCAUUUUGAAGCUUGAAGCGUAA